AUGGACCCUGGGGGAAGACAUUACAGAGUGAGGCAGAGACCGUGGGGGAAGUUCGCGGCGGAGAUCCGUGACCCGGCGAAGAACGGAGCUCGGGUAUGGUUGGGAACUUACGAGACAGCCGAGGACGCGGCUCUAGCUUAUGAUCGAGCCGCUUAUAGGAUGCGUGGCUCCCGUGCUUUGUUGAAUUUUCCGCUGAGGGUAAACUCCGGGGAGCCGGACCCGGUGAGGGUGACGUCGAAGAGGGCAUCGCCGGAGCCAUCUUCGUCGUCGGAGAGCGGGACGCCGAAGAGGAGGAGGAAGAUAGCGGGUGGGUCGGUCAGUGAAGCCCGGUUGGAAAUGGGAAACGGACAAGUCAAAUGUGAAGUGGGGUCGUGUACGCAAGGUGAGCAGCUAUUGGUUAGCUAAGCUGACGUGGAUGCUGAUGUGGACAGUGAAUUUAGUUAACCGGGAGGUGAUUAAGAAAUGGGGGGUAGGUUUUAUGGGGAAUUCCCAUGAUUUUGCAUAUUUUUAAUUUAAAAGAAAGAGGGGAUAAGAUAAAGAGUUGUGUUUGUAUUGUGAAUAGGAAAAGUUGUGAAAUGGGAAAUUAUUUAUAUGUUAAUUUAGAUUAAGAAAUUAAUCAAAUUGGAUUAGUGUUUUGAUGAUAA